AUGGAGGUUAUUGCCUGUGGCAUUCACGGCUUUGCUGAAACUAUCGGCAUCGAUGUUGAUGAGUUCCGCGUAUUCUGGAAGCUCGCCUUUACAGAAGAAGAAGCAAGGCAGACACAUUACCGUCUCCGCGUCUCGACCGACCCAAACUUCAAGGCAGAGCAGCAGACGUGUUUCGACUCUGGUCGAAUAGCGAGCAACCAGCAGCGCAAUGUUCUCUGUCAGCCAAAUGGCGGAUUCAAGUCGACAACGAGCUACUACUGGACUGUCCAAGUCUGGGACCAACAUGAGAAUACCGCAGUCAGUCCAGUCAAUCAGUUCUACACAUCUUACACAAGAUGCUCGAGGCUCUUGCCUCCGUACAGCAUGAACCAAACCUACAUGCCACACACGAGUCUCAUAUUCCGCACAUGGUUCGAGGACGAGGCCAACCGAUGGAAGGCUGUAUGGGUUGGCAACGGUAGCGACAAGCCCUUUUACCUUCGACGGAGUUUCCAGCUGGACCACAAACCGAACCGUGUUGUCAUAUUCGCUUCCGGGCUCGGUCACUUCAAUCUGACAGUCAAUGGCCACGCGGCUUCUCCUCACGUCUUGGAUCCAGGCUGGGUCAAUUACCACAGGACUGUUCAGUUUGUUGGUUACGACGUGACGGAUCUUUUGCGCAUCGGAGAGAAUGUCAUUGGCGCUCAUGUGGGCAAUGGAUUCUACGCCGGGGAUCAAGGUGAUCGGUUCUUCUGGCCAAUGUAUGAGGAUAACACAUAUGUUCGAUAUGGCAACGAGCUUUGCUUCUUCGCCGAGGUUCAUAUCCACUCGGAGGACGGCUCGCACGAGUCCAUCAUCUCAGACACGCGCUGGAAAAUUCGCAAGAGCGCGACGACUUUGGCAAACAUCUACGCAUCUGAGGAUCAUGACAGGCGGGCGUAUCCCGUGGGCUGGGACAGUCCCAACUUUGAUGAUGGAGACUGGGACCCUGCCAAGCCUCUGACUGGCCCGAGAGGAAAGUUGAAAUACCAGAGCCAGCCUCCCGUUGUCCUGCACGAUACUUUCGAGCCAGUUUCUGUCAAGGUCGUCAAGCCGGGUACCUUGAUGUAUGACCUCGGUCAGAACUCGUCCAUCAUGGUGCGCGUAGAAGCGAGCGGAACCGAGGGUGCAGAGUAUCGCGUCAAAUAUUCCGAGACCAUUGGGGAUGAUGGCCUGGUUUUGAUGCCCGAUCCCCUAUUCAAGGAGUUCGAGACACAUGUCUAUUCCAAAGUCACCCUCUGUGGGCGAGGCGAGAGUGAGGUGUGGACUCCCGAUUUCAGCUUCACCAGUGCCCGCUAUAUCCAGAUUGAAGGCGCUUCGCUCGGCGGAGAAGAUGGUUUACCCAUCAUUCGAUCCGUCACUGCACGACACAUUUCUUCCGCGGCAGAGAAACUCGGGUUUGUCAAAACUGACAAGGACGAUGUCAAUGCACUGAUUAAUGCCUGCUAUUGGACAUUCAGCUCAAACAUCUUCAGUUACCACACUGAUUGUCCUCAGAUAGAAAAGUUUGGGUGGCUAGAGGUGACAUCUUUACUUUUCCCGGCCACACAAUAUGUGCGCAACAUGGAAGCUGUCUACACCAAGAUCCUGGAUGACAUUAUUGAUACUCAGGAGCCCUCAGGACUUGUGCCCACCAUGGCACCUCUAAUGAGAUACAUGUGUGGCCCCAUGCAUGAUACUAUCACCUGGGGCUGCGCCGUGUGCCUGAUCCCGGAGUUGAUAAAGCGCUACUAUGGCAGCACAGGUGUGUUUGCCAAGAUCUACAAACCCUGCGUAGAAUACAUGGAAUACAUGAAGCUCAAAGAACGCGAUGGCGGCCUGAUUGAACACGGACUCGGAGAUUGGGGCCGAGACAUUGCUUUCGGAAACCAUCAAGCCAAUAUCGAAACAGCCGUGUACUACAAGUGCCUACGCAAUGUAGCGCUCAUGGCCAAGGAGCUGGGCAAUACUUACGACGAAGCGCGGUUCACGUCUUGGGCAGACCGCAUUUACCAGAUUUACAACAAGGCCCUCCUAAUCACCGACAAGAGCACCUACCCGUAUGCUUUCUAUACUUCACGCGAUAAUCCGGGCAAGCAAGACCGGACUAUGGUUGCGCAGGCAAUGGCGCUGCAAUUUGGGCUUGUUCCACCAGAGUAUCGCAAGGAUGUCAUCACCGCUUUUGUCGCUGAUGCCGAGGAUUCGGGCCAUGUCAUGCGGGCAGGAGAAAUUGGUCUCAAGUACCUUUGGAACACUCUGGCGGACCCCGACGUGGACCGGCCAGAUAUCGUACUCAACAUGGCAAGAAGAGAAGAGCACCCGUCGUAUAUGCGACUCCUCCGACGGGGCGAGACAACACUUCCAGAGUUUUGGCAGGAUGCCUGCCGUUCAAAGUGUCAUGAUAUGCUUGGGACUAUCUACGAAUGGUUCUACAGCUACGCACUUGGUGUCGAACCAUUAACCGAUGCUUAUCAAAUCUGGAGUCUCAGGCCCUGCUUCAAGGCGGAAUUCGACUUUGUCGAGGGCAAGAUUGAGUCACCUUAUGGACUGAUAUCGGUCAAGUUUGAUCGCAGAAAGCGCUCGGACGGCAAGGCAACGGUCGACGUCCAUGUACCCACCGGGACGGUCUGCGAGCUGAAGUUGCCGAGAGUGGAGAGUGUUGUGAGCAUCAAGAGAGGCGAUGCCGAGGCGCGGAUACGCGACGGUAAGACCAUCCAACUGUUGCAGGGCAGUUAUCAUCUAGAAAUUUCACCAUAG